AUGGCCGCCAUCCCUCCUCUCUUCACCGUUCAUGACAAUAUGGUCAUUUGUGGCAUUAACGAUGCAACCCUAUUCCAAGGACGCACGCAAGCUGAGAGAAUUGCUUACGAAAUAUUCUCUGAUGACUUUAACACUACAAUGGAUGUAUCCAUUGACGAACUUAACGACGAACUCAAAACACUGGCAGGAAUGACUACUGCACAAGGGCAAAUUCGAUUGAUGCCUGGCAUCAAGAAAAAUAUCCGCGCCUUCAUCCAAUGGUGCAGGGACGAAUUCCGCAUGGGACGGGACCCAGCAACAGUACACUUCCUAGAGAUGUACAUCCAAAUGGCACCACUCCACGGCGAAGCCUUCACGAUGGACAACGCCAAAGUUUUAGUCCUCUUGCGAAAAUUCAUCGUGGGCAAUACCCAGGCCGAGGCGACACUACGAGCCAUUAAUGUUGAAGGCAAAGGAAGAGAUGCAUUUAUCGCCCUACGCACCCACUACGAAGGAGAAGGACUACUAGCCCAAGACAUCGUCGAGGCCGAAAACACAAUCAAGAACCUAUACUACGUGGGAGAAAAGCCUACAAUGAACUGGACCAUGUUUGAACGCAUGCUGAAGAAAGCAUACGCAGCAUCCGACAAACAUGAGGGGAGAGUCGUACAUUCCAAGGUUACUGCAUCGUUCCUACAACUGAACAAGACGGCGAUUGACACGGAAAUUGGCAAACGGCCUAUGGUGAUGAAUUUCACGACGGCAUUACGAAUCUACCGAACUGCAGUGAGGGAAAAGUUUCCCCAAGGAGCCAACAAUGCUACUGACAGGGGACGACACUUGGGCGAGGCUCGAGCUAGUAACGAUAGGAACAGGCGAAACGACGACAGGAGCAGGAGCCGAAACGGAGGAGGGAGAAACAGACACAGAGAUGAAGAAGAGAUUACCCUGAGCAAUGGGGAGAAGAUCUGGUACCACCCCAGUUAUCACUUUCCCCGUGAUCAGCUACGGGCAAUGACUGAUCCCCAACGAGAACGCAUGUCAAAUGAAAGGGCUGCACAUCGCGCACGUCAAGGAAUGCCGGCAAGACAAACGCGACAGAGCAACACGGAAACACAACUUUCUGAGUUAAGAGCAGAGAUAGCGUCACUCCGAUCAAACAACGUCCCUGGGGCUGUUGAAACGGGAGAAUCAGCUACACGAAUAUCACAGGUGACGAUGGGGACUGGUGGAACUUCCGUAAUGGGCGGACGCAACCAACAAGCGAGCGGGCGCAACCAACAGGCAGGUGGAUCGUCACCAUGA